AUCACACAUCACACUCUCUCUCUCUCUCCCUUACCUGAUCAACAAAAUCAGAAAAAAAAGGGAUACGAAGAGGGAUUAGACCCUUUUGUAGCCAUGAAAAAAGUAUGUUCAAUCACAGUUUCUCUUACUCUAGCCUUAUUGCACCCUGUAUAGCAACUGAAAAAGCCUGUCAAUUGCCAAAGAAGGGUCUAUUUUGCCUAAUCUGACUCGAACUAAGUUUUCUUGGGAGUAGAGUUUCUCAUUCUGAUCAGUCCCUUUUUCCCUCUUAGGUAGAGCAAUGAAAUCCUCACAGAAAAAGCUGAACUGUCAAUUUUCUUUGAUUCAUUUGCAGAAUUCUUCCAAACUGUACCCGUAAUUUUUACCACUAUUGGAUCGUUUCCCAAUGGCAAAGGUACCCACUACUAGUCAGGACUAUGCCGUGGCCUGGCUUUCCUACCUCAAAGUCCUUAGCAAGUUUUGGUGAUGCCAAUUGCAUGGAGCAACUACUAGUCCAUUGUGCCAACGCAAUUGAAAGCAACGAUGCCACUCUAGCCCAACAAAUCCUGUGGGUCUUAAACAACAUUGCACCCCCAGACGGCGACUCAAAUCAACGACUUACUUGCGGGUUCCUCCGAGCUCUUAUUGCACGCGCAGCCAACAGUGGAAGUUGCAAAAUGCUAGCAGCUAUGGCAAAUGCUCAUAGCAAUCUUGCUAUGGACGUAUACAAAUUCUCAAUUAUUGAGCUUGCUAGCUUUGUGGACUUAACUCCUUGGCAUCGGUUUGGAUUCACAGCAGCCAAUGCAGCAAUUCUUGAUGCUGUUGAAGGGUACACAGCCAUUCACAUUGUUGAUUUAAGCAUGACACAUUGCAUGCAGAUUCCUACACUUGUUGAUGCUAUAGCUAGUCGUCACGAGGUCCCUCCUCUACUCAAGCUCACCGUAGUCACUUCCUUAGAAGACGUCCCGCCCAUCCUUGACCUUUCCUACGACGAAUUGGGUUCAAGGUUGGUUAAUUUCGCUAGGUCUAAGAAUGUUAUGAUGGAAUUUAGAGUGAUUCCUUCAAGUUAUAAAGAUGGGUUUGCCAACUUAAUCGAACAACUUCGGGUGCAAAAUUAUCUAUACGCAGAAAGCAAUGAGGCACUAGUUAUUAAUUGCCACAUGAUGCUUCAUUACAUUCCAGAAGAAACCCUUGUAGCAAUUCCCACUUCAAAUUCAAGCCUUUAUGCUUUUGAAUGUUCACCGAGUUCCUCUCUUCGAACCAUGUUUCUCAAAGCGCUUCGAAGUUUAGACCCCACCAUUGUUGUUGUAGUAGACGAAGAUGCAGAUUUUACAUCAAAUAAUUUGGUGUGUAGGUUGAGGUCAGCAUUUAAUUAUCUAUGGAUACCUUAUGAUACAAUGGACUCAUUUCUUCCGCGGGGGAGUAUGCAGAGGCUGUGGUAUGAAGCCGAUAUUUGCUGGAAAAUUGAGAAUGUGAUAGCACAUGAGGGCUUUCAGAGGGUAGAGAGGCUUGAGCCUAAAAGCCGGUGGGUGCAACGAAUGAGAAAUGCCAAUUUUCGCGGCAUUGCCUUUGGUGAGGAUGCGGUCUCGGAGGUUAAGACCAUGCUAGAUGAGCAUGCAGCUGGGUGGGGAUUGAAGAAGGAAGAAGAAGAUCUUGUGCUCACAUGGAAAGGACAUAAUGUUCUGUUUGCCACAGCUUGGGUGCUUGCUUGAACAUUUUCUUUUGACUUAAUUAGUUUGUAAUAUUUGUUCUUAAGUUAGCCUCUAAUUCUUCUUCUACUAGUUUUAAGAAUAGAUGAGAGCUUAUUGUUAUGAAGGCUUUUGUCAGGUUGCCAAUAAUUUGAUACAUUUUCAUUUAGAUAUGAUAACGAGUAACCUAAAAAACUCUGCUUCUCUUUUGUUCCCUUUGAAUUGUGAUUAUGCGUCAUUCAUUUUCGAGCGUUUCUAAUCUAAGAGAAGAUGGUGUGCAUUUGUGAUUAA